AUGGCAUCAUACUACCAGUAUAACAAUUAUCAGCACUCGGUGCCUCACAAUCAAUCCACCUUGUCGCCUCAUGCCACUAGUCGUAGUCGUCGCGCAACUCGUCCCUUGCAGAACUCUCAAAAGCAGUCAUACCGCUCUGCACGCAAGGAAGAAGAGCCUAUCAUCGUAACCAGCUUUCGCCAACGCUUUGAGGCGGGCCGCUCAUUCGACCUAGACGACGACUUGGAAUUCUGCCCCAGUCUGGUCACCGACAUUGACAUGUUUUCCAUCAACUCAGCCUCGUCGGAUCGUUCAUCUCUCUCGAGCGAAUCGCCCGGCUCUUCUCCUCAAUCUCACCAAGUCUCACCCUCUACCUUUCAUCUAAAUCCAUCGCCAACUCCUUACAUUCCUGCGCCGUACCGUGCACAGUCCUCUAAUCUCAAGUCGAAUCAAGUAGGCUCUGGUCGCACACGCAACGCAAUUCUCAUUGUCAAUCCAAGCUCUAGGAUUGAUUCGACUCCUUCUCCAGAUCGACAGCCGCAGCCCUUUGGUCGCCCGUGGUAG